CGUCCAGUGCAAUGCAGUGUUCAGCAAGAGCUAGCCACACGAUCAAACUAAAAAUAAGCGCCGAGGAACACUUUUGUUUUAAGGUUUAAUUAGCAUGGCUUCUGCCUCUUGUCUUAUGCUACUGGUGGCCGUGGCAAUGGCAAUGGCCUCGGCAGCGUCCGGGCAGCUGUCAUCCACGUUCUACGACACGUCGUGUCCGAAGGCUCUGGACACCAUCAAGACCGCCGUGACGGCCGCCGUCAGCAGCGAGGCCCGGAUGGGCGCCUCGCUGCUCCGGCUCCACUUCCACGACUGCUUUGUCGAUGGAUGUGACGCGUCAGUCCUGCUGGCCGACACGGGGAGCUUCGUGGGCGAGCAAACCGCAGCUCCGAACGCCGGCUCCAUCCGGGGCCUCAACGUCAUCGACAACAUCAAGACCCAGGUGGAGGCCGUGUGCAAGCAGACCGUCUCCUGCGCCGACAUCCUCGCCGUCGCCGCCCGCGACUCCGUCGUCACGCUGGGAGGGCCAUCAUGGACAGUGCUCCUAGGCAGGAGAGACUCCACAACAGCAAGCAAGACCAACGCAGAGAACGACCUGCCACCCCCAACCUUCGACCUCAAGAACCUCACCGACAACUUCGCCAACAAGCAGCUCAGCGUGACCGACAUGGUGGCGCUCUCAGGCGGCCACACCAUCGGCCAAUCGCAGUGCCUCAACUUCAGGGACAGGAUCUACAACGAGACCAACAUCGACGCCGCCUUCGCGGCGUCCCUCAAGUCCAACUGCCCGCGUUCCACGAGCUCCGGCAACACAAGCCUGGCGCCGCUCGACGUCGCGACGCCCACGGCGUUCGACAACAAGUACUUCGUGAACUUGCAGGCCAACAAGGGCCUGCUGCAUUCCGACCAGGUGUUGUUCAACGGUGGGGGCACGGAUAACACGGUCAGGAACUUCGCGUCGAACCCGGCGGCGUUCAGUGCCGCGUUUGUGACGGCCAUGGUGAAUAUGGGGAACAUUGCGCCUAAGACUGGGUCGCAAGGGCAGAUCAGGCUCAGCUGCUCCAAGGUCAACUCCUGAUUAAGUUGGAGGCCUUCUAGCUCGAUCGGCAUGGCAGCACUUGUAAACGACGACGAAUAAGGCCUCCACAGCGUGGCCGUGUGUGUGUUUUUUGUGAUCGAGUCGUACGUGUGACGAACAAAUUCUCCCGUGCAAAAAGACGUGGAGGAUUUAUUUGCUACUUCCUCUUGAUUCGGAUAAAUAUAUGUGCUUCAGGAUGCGUAAGGUA